AUGACCAUUAAAAUUGGCAUCAAUGGGUUUGGCCGUAUUGGCCGUAUGGUAUUCCGUGCUGCCCAACAACGGAAAGAUAUUGAAGUUGUUGGCAUCAAUGACCUUCUCGAUGCGGAGUAUAUGUCGUACAUGCUCCGAUAUGACUCUACUCACGGUCGUUUUGAAGGAACAGUGGCGGUGGAAAAUGGGGCUCUUAUCGUGAAUGGAAAGAAGAUUCGCGUAACGAGUGAGCGAGAUCCUGCAAAUCUUAAAUGGGCUGAAAUUGGUGCGGAGAUUGUUGUGGAAUCCACAGGUCUCUUUCUCACGGAAGAACUCACCAACAAACACCUUCAAGCUGGUGCAAAGAAGGUCGUUAUGACGGGACCACCAAAAGAUGAUACGCCAAUGUUUGUAAUGGGUGUAAAUAACACAACUUACAAGGGACAGAAGAUUGUUUCGAAUGCCUCCUGUACAACCAACUGCCUCGCACCACUUGCAAAAGUUAUUCAUGAUAACUUUGGUAUUGUUGAGGGACUCAUGACGACUGUACAUGCCACCACCGCUACACAGAAAACUGUGGAUGGUCCUUCCCAUAAAGACUGGCGUGGUGGUCGUGGGGCGGCGCAGAAUAUUAUUCCCUCCUCCACUGGAGCUGCAAAGGCGGUGGGAAAAGUUAUUCCCGCUCUUAAUGGGAAAUUAACGGGAAUGGCAUUCCGCGUCCCAACACCAAAUGUCUCUGUGGUGGAUUUAACCGUGCGUCUGGAGAAACCCGCCACAUACGCACAGAUUUCUCAGGCUAUUAAAAAGGCCUCAGAAGGAGAACUAAAGGGUAUUAUGGGUUACACAGAAGAUGAGAUUGUUUCUACCGAUAUAAAUGGUGUACCUCUCACCUCUGUGUUUGAUGCGAAAGCGGGCAUUUCACUCAACGAUCAUUUCGUAAAAUUAAUUGCAUGGUACGAUAACGAAACAGGCUACUCCCAUAAGGUGCUUGAUCUCAUUGCGUACAUAUCAAAACACUGA